GCUUACUCGGACCUGUUCGCUCUCUCGGAGUUGGGAAUGAGGGGAAGCAUAACCCCGUCAACUCCGAUGAGGAGGCGGUACGAAGUAUAUUGCCCUUGGCAGUCUGGUGCGUUGGAAGGCGAAGUAUUGCCACGGGCCAAGUUUGCGCCGCCGGACAUCCAAUUGCGACGGGGAGACAUCCCAGCACCCCAGUUUCCCCCAUCGCGACAGGAUGCGACAGGAUGCGAUGGGAUGCUGGGAAGCAUUCAACGACCCAUUGAACAGCGAAUAAAUGCGGCAGUGCCUCGCAGUUGACUGCGUUCUCUUUCUCUUCUUCCUUUUCUUCUUUGCGUUCCGUUCUGCAUCAAGCCUAAGCCCACGCCCCCGAAUCCGCCGUCCUACUACCUAUGUCGGCUCAUGCCAUGGCCCGGUCAAGGAUGAUGACGUUGGCAAUUGGAAAUGUGCAAUAAAAAGCCAUCCCAUCAGAUGUAGGCAUCCCCGCUUGGAUUGGGCUGUGCGCUGUGGAGAUGGCGGACUCUUAUCGAUAGCCCACGCCACCCCCCCGUCCAGUGCAGCUGCCCCCCUGCCAUGGCCCCAAAUGGCUCUAGAUGGCCCCAAAGGGUCCAAUGGGCCUCAAAAGACCCAUCCAUGAACAGCCACUAAUCCGAGGAGGGCCUGGCGCCAGGCCUUGUUUCGGCCUCUAGUGUGCGUCUGAGGCGGACGCAGCCUGUUUCUCCAUAUCCUGUGACUCACAUCGUCG